CAAACGUGCUCCGAAGCCCGAUUCAAAACAAAAGAUUCAUAGUUCCGAAGCUUCGUGAAGAAGUGUUGCGAACCUAUACCCAUUACAGCGAUACACUUUACUGUUUUAAAUCAAAGCAGAUUCAGGCCUGGGAUGUCCGAUAAGGAAAACAGCGAAUCAAACCUGACCGAUGGAGCGACUUUCGGAAUAAUUGCUUUCGGGAUGGAAAAUCCCCCGGUUGUAAAGAUGGAACCGCACGAAAACAGCCAUUCAGUGCCGGAUGUAAAGACAAAAACCGGCCGGUCCUCCCCUAGACAGAGGCGGGAGAAUAAAAUAACAUAUCAGAAGGAACUAAAAGGAGAUCCUGUCACUCGCCAUCAACAUGGGAUGCCUUUCGUCCAACGAGCAGACGUGAAAAAUCAGCCGGAAGAGAAAGAUUUCACCUGCUCUGAAUGUGGAAAAAGUUUCAGAAACAAGAGGACCCUUAAAGACCACACGGCCAUUCACUCGGAAGAGAAAGCGUUCGCCUGCUCCGAGUGUGGAAAGAGUUUCAAACUGAAGAGGAUCCUCAAGCAACACGCGAAAAUUCACGCCGGAGAGAAACCGUUCGCCUGCUCCGAGAGCGGGAGAGGCUUCAGAGUGAAGAACAUCCUCAAGCAGCACAUGAAGGUUCACACCGGAGAGAAACCGUUCGCCUGCUCCGAGUGCGGGAAAGGCUUCACGGUGAAACAGAACCUCAAGUACCACAUGAGGAAUCACACCGGAGAGAAACCCUUCACCUGCCCCGAGUGCGGAAAGAGCUUCAUUGUGAACAAGAGUCUUAAACAGCACAUGAAAGUUCACACUCGAGAGAAACUUUUCCCCUGCGCCGAGUGCGGACGGAGUUUCGGUUUCAAACAGAGCCUGGAGAAACACAUGAGAAUCCACACCGGAGAGAAGCCGUACGUAUGCCCCGAGUGCGGAAACAGCUUCAGAGACCGGCAGAACUUUAACGUUCACAUGAGGAUUCACACCGGCGAGAGGCCUUACGUCUGCCCUCAGUGCGGCAAGCGUUGCAAGCUCAGCCAGAACCUCCAGAAUCACAUGAGAAUCCACACGGGAGAAAAGCCUUUCGUCUGCCCUCUGUGCGGGAAGAGCUGCAGGAUGAGGCAGAACCUCGACAGGCACAUGAAAACCCACACCGGAGAGCGGCCUUACUCCUGCCCCGAGUGCGAGAAGAGUUUCACCAUGAAACAGCGCCUCACCAGGCACAUGAGGAUCCACACGGGACAGAGGUCGAAGCCGGCAGCCGUGGAAUACGUGAUACAAUCCGUUUAUCUGAGGGAACUCAAAGUAGCUUCUUUCAUUUGCCGUCAAUGUGGCAUGCGUUUCCUUCAACAAGCCGGUCUUCAGAAGCAUACGAGAGUUCACACCGGAGAAAAGCCGUUCACCUGCCCUCAGUGCGGGAAGCGGUUCACGCAGCAAAGCCAACUAAAAUGUCACAUAAGAAGUCACACCGGAGAGAGGCCGUUCACCUGCCCUCAGUGCGAAAAGAGUUUCACGGUGAAGCAACACCUUAAGAAUCACAUUCGAACUCACACCGGAGAAAAACCUUUCGCUUGCCCUCGGUGCGGAAAGAGCUUCACGGUGAACUGGAACCUUGAGAGUCACAUGCGAAUUCACACCGGAGAGAAACCUUUCGGCUGCCCUCGGUGCGGAAAGAGAUUUGCACAACAAGGGCAACUUAAAUGCCACGUGAGAAGCCACACCGGAGAGAAGCCCUUCAGCUGCGCUCGGUGCGAAAAGAGUUUCACGGUGAAGCGAAAUCUGGAGAUUCACGCGACGGUUCACACCGGAGAAAAGCCCUUCAGCUGCUCUCAGUGUGGAACCGGUUUCACGGUGAAGCGAAACCUCGUCGCUCACAUGAGGAUUCACACCGGAGAAAAGCCCUUCGCCUGCCCCGAAUGCGGAAAGGGUUUCACGGUGAAGCGAAACCUCGAGAGACACGUGAGAGUUCACACCGGGGAGAAACCCUUCGCCUGCCCCGAAUGUGGAAAGAGCUUCACGGUGAAACAAAAUCUGGACAGUCACGUGAGAGUUCACACCGGCGAAAGGCCCUUCGCCUGCCCCCAGUGUAAAAAGGGUUUUAAAGUGAAACAAAGCCUUGCGGGUCACAUGAGGAUUCACACCGGAGACAAGCCCUUCGCCUGCCCCGAAUGCGGAAAGGGUUUCGCGGUGAAAAGAAACCUCGAGGGGCACACACAAACUCACUCCGGAGAGAAACCCUUCAGCUUCCUCAAGUGUGGAAAGCGUUUCACACAACGGGGACGACUGAAGUGUCACAUGAGGAUUCACGCUGGAGAAACGCCUCAGUGUGGAAAGAGUUUCGAAACCUCGAUGUUCACAUAUCAGAAUGAACAGAAAGAAGAUUCUGUCACUUGGGAUGACCGUGGGAUGCCUUUCGUUGAGCAAGUGAGUCUUGAGGAGCGCAUGAGAACUGAUACUGAAGAGAAACCAUUCAUCUGCCCUCAAUGUGGGAAACGUUUCACGGUGAAACAGAAGCUCGACGCUCAUUUAAGGAUUCACACCGGAGAGAAACCAUUCACCUGCCCUCAGUGCGGAAAAAAUUUCACGCAACAAGGUCAGCUUAACAUUCACAUGAGAAGUCACACCGGAGAGAAACCGUUCAUCUGUCCUCAAUGUGAUAAGAGUUUCACAUCGAAACAAAGCCUUAAAAGUCACAUGAGAAUACACACCGGAGAGAAACCGUUCACCUGCCCUCAGUGUGAAAUGAGCUUCACGCAGCAAGGAUACCUUAAACGUCACAUAAGAACUCACACCGGCGAGAAACCUUUCACCUGUCCUCAAUGUGGAAAGAGUUACAAAGUCAAACAAAGCCUCGAGAGCCACUUGAGAGUUCACACUGGGGAAAAGCCGUUCAUCUGCCCUCAGUGUGGAAAGGGUUUCACAGCAAAACAGUGUCUUAAAAGUCACAUGAACAUUCACAUCGGAGAGAAACCAUUCACCUGCUCCACCUGUGGGAUGAGCUUCACGCAACAUCAAAGUCUUAAACGUCACGCGUGGACCCACACCGGAGAGAAGCCUUUCAUUUGCCCCGAGUGUGGAAAGAGCUUUGCAGUGAAACAAAGCCUCGAGAGCCACAUGAGAAUUCACACCGGAGAGAGACCUUUCACCUGCCCCGAAUGUGGAAAGAGUUGCACAGUAAAGCAAAACCUUGAGAGUCACAUGAAAACUCACACCGGAGCGAAGCCUUUCUCCUGCUCUCAGUGUGGAAAGAGAUUCACGGUGAAGCAAAGCCUCGAGAGCCACAUGAGCGUUCACUCCGGAGUGAAGCCUUUCACCUGCCCCGAGUGCGGAAAGAGUUUCACAAUGAAGCAAAAGCUGGAGAGACACAUGAAAAUCCACACCGAAGAGAAGCUUUACAUCUGCCCUUUGUGCGGGAACAGUUUCACAAUGAAGACCAACCUCGAGAGACACAUGAAAAUUCACACGGAAGAGAAGCCGUUCACCUGCUUCGUGUGUGGAAAGAGUUUCAGAAUAAAACAAAACCUCGAGAGUCACAUGAGAGUUCACACUGGCCUGAAGCCCUUCAUCUGCUGCGAAUGUGGGAAGAGCUUCACUGUGAAACAAAGCCUUGAGAGUCACAUGAAACUUCACAACGAAGCCACGGCUUUCACCUGCUCCGAGUGCGGAAAGAGUUUCACCGUCAAACAAAACCUCGAGAAUCACAUGAGAAUUCACACCGGAGAGAAACCUUUCACCUGCCCCCAGUGUGGGAAGAGCUUCACGCAACACGUACACCUUAAGCGUCACACGAGAAUUCAUUUCGACAGAGUCGGGGAACCUUCUCCGCUGUCUCCUGUGUACGCCAUCCGUCCAGAUGAAGUGAUAGCAGUCAUAGCGUACCAGGACACCAACCAGCUCUCAGAGGAGAGUGAUGUAGUCAAUCUAUUCGUAUGAUUGUUUGGCCAUGAGCGAUGAGAGACCAAUGGGACCGUUUAGUCCGGAUGGCACUUUUACACCCCUACUCCCAAUCAGUGUUUCAGUCGUUCACUAUAAUGGGAAGUGCAGCGUUUCCCCUUAAUUUUACAUUCCCACAAUUAGUCUACAUAUUUUGAAUGUUUGGUAUACCUUGUUUGUUUAUUAUUUAUCCAAUAUUUUUCGAUUCUAAUCAUGCAGAACCCAAUGUAAAAAUAACAUUUAAAGGCAUAGUUGACCAAAACAUUUAAAUGUACUUUUAAAUGUGUUUACUUACCCUCAAGAUGUAGGUGACUUUAUUUGUUUGCAGUUAAUAAGAUUAUUAGGUGAAAUCGUUGCCCUUUGCGAUUCAUUUACUUCAUGUCUGUGGCUGCCUAGUUUCUAUACGGCACACUUAGCUGGAAGUCAUUGGAUUGGUUAGAUUAUACAGGAUUUCUGGGACUCUUUAUCUUCUUGCCUGUGAACAAAAAUGCUGUGAAAACCCCCAAAACCAACAGAAGAAAAAAGCAUCAUGUUUGCAACAUGCUUACAAUCUUGAAAAAAAAAAAAGUCACCCGUUUACCUGCCAGUCAUAUGGCCUCUUGGGCGGGCCUUGGCCUUUCAAAGUGGUCAAAGUUCCCAGACCUUCUGCCGUCAGUUUGAAAGUCUGGCUAAAUAGGAGUAGUGGCUCCUGGUGUUUUUUUAAGAUUUGUGCUAUUUUAUCAGAUUUUAUUGCCUCCUAUUAAAACAAUAGGGAGCGGUCUGAUAGGUAGGUUUAAAAGUCAGGACUCUGGUUUUUGAGCAUCAAAAAUAAUAUAUAUAGAGAGAAAAUUAAAUCAAUACCCAUUGCUCCAGGUGAUGCUUUGAAAAUUCUUAUGAAGCGAAAUUUUUGGUUUGUGAAAGAAAAUUAACAUUUUCAACAUUACCUUAUUACACAGCCUGGGCAAGCAGAUCUUUGCACAUUCACAACAGACUCCCAUGUAAGCUGAUGGUGCUGUUUGUUUGCAAUGGAAAGCGAGGGUGUGAGAACUGAGAAGGAUGGAGGACUCAGGGGCACAACCGCAAACCUUGGUGGGAAUGAGGACUCUCGAAACAUGGUGGCGUUUGUGCAAAGACAACAGAGCUAAAAUCUGGAUGCAGGAGAUCUGUCAGUCUUCUCAAGUGGGAUUGUGGGGAUCUUUUUAAGCUGGUUCCAGCAUCCAGAAUAAGGCCAGGUAAGUAUCAGCCAACGUAGGUAGACAGCACCUCCAGAGACGGCACUAGUUGUAAAUGAUGUUGAUUUUAGUGCACCUCAAUAUAUCGUCAGGAGCUGCGGGUAUUGAUUUGGUCUUUUUGACGUUUAGAAACUGUCAGCCACAGAUGGGCAGUGUACGAAUGGCCAAGGACAGCUUCACCUAAACAUUUUCCUUACUGGUCUAAAAAACUAAGUAAAAUUAUUUUUAGGUGAACUGUCCCUUAAAGUUCUAUGCAAAGUAGAACUGUAAAAGAUGCAAAGUGCUCAUUUUACAUUCAUUUAAAUCAACAAAAACACUGAUAGCUAUUUAAAGUAGGUUUUCGGUAAAAUGCACUCCAAAUCAUAAGCACGUGCAACUCAAAGUAUAUAUAUAUAUAUAUCUGUUUAGAUACAUUUAGAGCUUUGACUCGCACAAAUAUUCAAGAUUUUUCAAUAAACUGCUAAUCUCAUAUGAUUUAAUUUCCCACCCCAUGCUCUUAUACUGCUACAGAAGAGUUUAGUUUAGAGUGCAUUUGAAUCAUUUUGAAUGUCAGACAAAACCUUCCUACCAGGGAGGAAAUAACAACUUCUAAAAUGUCUGACCCAGUUUUUCCUGACUGAACUGCUGUAAAACAGAAAGUGUUAGUUAUCACUUUUAUUUAGAGAUAUAAAGUUGUUGUUUCAUCCUGUUGUGACUGGUGUAUAAAUAAGGCUUCUUGAACUAUAGAGAAAAACAGGUAGGACUUGAAUUUGUCCGUCUGGACUUGACUGGAUCGUUGUUGUUUGCUAUUGCUGUGAUCACAUGAAUGAAUCCUUCUGGAGAGAGAGGGGAUAUUUACACACGUCAUAAGAGAAGAAACAUUAAAUAAAAUUAAAAGAGCAUGAAUUAUAAAUAAUAAUAAUUUAGUAUAAUUCUAUAAAUGUUUUAAAAUAAAUAUUGCGUUAGUCAAUAAUAUUGGCAAUUUAAUGGUCGCUUUAAUAUUUAUAUAAUAAAACUCAUCAAAUAUUCUAUUUCAUGAAUUUGCUAAAUAUUUUAUACUUUUUUUUUAAACAAUUUGUUUACUUGAUUUAAAUCAGGCUAACAAUUUAGGUAUUUUUAUUCCCAAAAUGCAAGAAGGAACAGCUAAGCUAAAAGGAUUUUCUACAUAUAUUUACUUUAGAUGAGUGCCUCACACACAAAAUAAAAAAAACAAUUCAACUAUAGGGAGACGUUAACGAAUGAAACCUUACAAAUCUUAAGUCAAAUUUAAUGGUUUAAAAACGACAAUUAAAUAUACAUUUCCAAAACUAUAAUAUUUACAUCAGUCCUAAUUGCGGAUGAUUGUUCCAAACUGUUGUGUUUGUGAUGGUGUGUUGGUGUGUGAGCCGUGUGAUGGUCAGCCCCCUACGAUCCUACAGAGGAUAAGAGGUUGGGAUUCUCUGUGAUUAUCCAUUUCGAAGGCUGUUGCCAUGUAGAGCUGCAAACUGAUCCAGCCAAAGCUUAGGCAAUGUAAAUGAAUGUAUAUUACACCUGUCAAAAUGUUCGUCAGGAAAAACAGAGUCACCAAAAGAACAAUCCAAAAAACAUUUGACCUGCUUUUAUUUUAUACCAUUAAGAUGUUUUUAAACGUUUUAGAUUAUUUUAAUACCUAACCCAUCAAGUUCCAGUUUGUUCCGGUUUUGUUUUCUUAUCCAAUAUGUAUGUUGUUGUUUUGUUUUAUUGUAUUAACUGUUUAAUUAAAACUUCGCCACCACCUCUCCGUUUAUUAGCAGCGUUAUAAUGUUUCUAAAGCAGGGAAACAGGCUACUGUACAAUACGUCGAAAUAAAAAGCAUUUCAAGCACAACCCUUUUUUGAAUAUUUAACAUGUUUAUAAUAUUGCUGCAGAAACUAAUUGUUUAUCAUUUUCUUAGGAUGCCCGGUGGCUGAAAGGUGGGAGAAUGCCAUCUGUGCCCAGUUUUUCCAGAUGCUUAUUAUUAAAUUCACAAACCAGCUGCACUGACUCGCAUUCCUUUGAGGGCCUAAAUACUACACUAAUCCCUACUUUAU